UUCCCCCUCUCUGCAUAUAGUCCCUUCCUCUUCCUCCCUGAUACUCUCCCUUUCCCCAUAUGCUCAUGAGCUGGUCCCCAGAGGAGUGCCAGGGAGAGCCCCAGGGUGACAGACACACCCUCUGUGCCAGGCUGGUGGAGAAGCCUGACAGAGGGUCUGAGGAGCACCUCGAGCCUGGCCUGGGACCUAUCAUCACCCGCACGGCUUCAGGACCUGCCCUUGCCUUCUGGCAGGCAGUACUGGCUGGGGAUGUGGGCUCUGUCUCUCAAAUCCUUGCGGACUCCAGCACUGGCCUGGCUCCUGACUCCAUCUUUGAUACCAGCGACCCAGAGCGAUGGAGAGAUUUCCGCUUCAACAUCCGUGCUCUGAGACUCUGGUCUCUGACGUAUGAAGAGGAGCUGACCACUCCACUGCACGUGGCAGCCAGCCGGGGCCACACUGAAGUUCUUCGGUUGCUGUUGAAGCGUCGAGCCAAGCCAGACAGUGCCCCUGGAGGCCGCACCGCCCUGCAUGAAGCCUGUACUGCAGGUCACACCGCCUGCGUCCAUGUGCUGCUGGUAGCUGGAGCGGACCCCAACACCCCUGACCAGGAUGGGAAACGCCCUCUGCACCUCUGCCGGGGCCCUGGUAUCCUUGAGUGUGUGGAGUUGCUCCUGAAGUUUGGAGCACACGUGGAUGGGCGGUCUGAGGAUGAAGAAGAGACUCCUCUGCACACAGCUGCCCGGCUGGGCCAUGUGGAACUAGCAGACCUGCUUCUAAGAUGGGGUGCGUGUCCUGACGCCCGCAAUGCCGAAGGCUGGACACCAUUGCUGGCGGCCUGUGAUGUCCGCUGUCAAUCCCCCAUGGAUGCCGCGGCCACCUCCAGCCGCUGUUUCCAACUGUGCAGCUUGCUGCUGUCGGCUGGGGCAGAUGCCGACGCUGCUGACCAGGACAAGCAGCGGCCCCUGCACCUGGCCUGCCGCCGUGGCCACUCGGCUGUCGUGGAACUGCUCCUGUCCUGUGGUGUCAGCGCUAACGCCAUGGACUAUGGGGGACACACACCUCUGCACUGUGCUCUGCAAGGCCCAGCUACAGCCCUGGCCCACAGCCCCGAGCACACGGUGCGAGCUCUCCUCAACCAUGGUGCUGUCCGAGUCUGGCCAGGGGCACUGCCCAAGGUGCUAGAGCGCUGGUGCAUGUCCCCACGGACCAUCGAGGUCCUGAUGAACACCUACUGUGUGGUGCAGCUUCCUGAGGAGACCACGGGCUUGGUACCGCCUGAAAUUGUGCAGAAGCACCAUCGAUUCUACUCGUCCCUCUUUGCCUUGGUGAGGCAGCCCAGGUCGCUGCAGCAUCUCAGCCGCUGUGCACUCCGCUGUCACCUGGAGGGCAGUCUGCCCCACGCACUGCCACGGCUUCCCCUGCCAUCCAGCCUGCUCCGCUACCUGCAGCUGGACUUUGAGGACGUGCUUUACUAG